AUGGCUAGAGUUAUGUACAAAUUCGUUUUAAUCACUUCAAUCCUUCUGAUCGUUGCCGGCCUUCUUCUGACAGCAUUUAGCCUCUUCAGUCCAGUUUGGGAGAUUGUCGAUUUUCCGCGAAACCACUUAUCUCACCAUCAUGGUCUUUGGUGGGAUUGUAUUGUUCAUCACGAUACAUUGAUCCCACUAUACGAAUUGCAAGCCGAGCAAAGAGGAGAUCGCUGUGAUAGUAAACUAGACACCGCUGUACAAGCAAAUCUACGAAUUGCCCUUGAGAAAGGCGACGAUGAUGCUCGCGAGCUUCUUCUUCAUCGAUUUUUACCUCAUCAUAAAGGCGUUAUAUUUUUCGCCGUCUUCACAUUUGUGUUCGGCAGCAUUUCAAUAGCGAUCGGAGCAUGCUCGCCGUGCUUCCCACCGAAUUCGCUACUUUAUGUAGUCGGAGUAUUCAUGACAGGAGCUUGUUCGAUUCUCGCCGACGUCAUUUUUCUAUAUGCGUUUAGCCAGAAACCAAAUCAACUACUCAAAGAGAUCACACGCGAAACAGUCAUAAUGAGCAGAAGUGAAAGAAGCAGCGCAUUGAUGUCAUAUGUAAAGCGUUUGGGAUCCGCUUGCUACAUUCACAUGUUUGGCUCAUUCCUUUUGGUUAUUGGAUUUAUAUUUUCAAUUUUUUGUGCAUAUUUUCUUAUAACUUCUAAGCAUGCUCAUGAUGUUUGCUGUGCUAGUAAAAAGGAAUAUCGGGAGCAAACAAGAUGGCGCAAUAGCGGCCUAAUCCUGAAAACCGGCCACGGCCGACAAGUCUCACGUCCAUUUGUGGUGAUUGACGACGACAGUAGCAUCUAA